AUGGCAGAAUCAAUCGACGAUCUAUUUGAAUGCUUCGAAGAGGAUGGCAACGAGGGAAACUCGCAAACUUCUACGGAGACUCCUGAACAUGAUCAAAUAGCUAACAGUGUUCCUGUUUCUGAUGUAUCCGUUAAAAGAAAGAACGACAAAGAUGAGGAGUCUGUUCCAAAGAGAAGCAAAGCCGAUGACGAUGUUGACGUAGGCGAUAUCAAUUUUGAUGAGCUGAAAAACCGAAUUAUUGUCUAUACCAUUGAUACUGAUGCUUGUACACAUGAGGUAGCUUGCCCACCAAGGCAAGCUUAUGUUCCUCUGCAACCAUCUAGAGGUGAACCAGUGAAAAAAUACCCCUUUGCACUAGAUCCAUUUCAAAAAGAGUCCAUACUCUGCAUUGAAAAUAAUCAGUCAGUCUUGGUUUCUGCUCAUACUUCUGCUGGAAAAACUGUGAUUGCUGAAUAUGCUAUAGCUACAAGUUUAAAAAACAAACAGCGAGUAAUUUAUACCACACCCAUCAAAGCAUUGUCCAACCAAAAAUAUCGAGAAUUUCUUGAUGAAUUCAAAGAUGUAGGGUUAGUUACAGGAGAUGUAACUAUCAAUCCAAGUGCGUCAUGUUUGAUUAUGACUACUGAGAUCCUUCGAAAUAUGCUAUACAGAGGUUCUGAAAUAAUGCGCGAAGUGGGUUGGGUCGUAUUCGACGAAAUCCAUUAUAUGCGCGACAAAGAAAGAGGCGUCGUCUGGGAGGAAACUCUGAUCCUGCUUCCGCACAACGUGCAUUUCGUCUUCUUGUCGGCGACCAUACCGAACGCCAGACAGUUCGUAGAAUGGGUCGCCCAUUUGCACCAGCAGCCGUGUCACGUGGUCUAUACGGACUACAGGCCUACUCCGCUGCAGCACUUCAUCUAUCCAGCUGGCGGUAGCGGCAUACACAUGGUGGUGGAUGAAUCGGGUACAUUUAAAGAUGACAGUUUCAAUGCAGCCAUGGCUGUUUUGGAAAAUUCCGGCGACGCGGCCAAAGGUGACCAAAAAGGCAGACGUGGCGGUUUCGCGAACAAAGAUCCCACGCAAACCGAUAUUUUCAAAGUCGUCAAAAUGAUCAUGGAAAGGAGUUUCGCGCCCGUCAUUGUGUUCAGUUUCAGCAAAAGGGAUUGCGAGGUGUUUGCUAUGCAGAUGACGAAACUCGACUUCAAUACAACUGCGGAAAAACAACUGGUCGACGAGGUCUUCAACAACGCCAUGGACGUUCUAUCCGAUGACGACAGACACCUGCCUCAAGUCGAAAAUCUGCUGCCUCUUCUGAGGCGCGGCAUCGGUAUCCAUCAUGGCGGCUUGCUGCCCAUACUGAAGGAGACCAUCGAGAUUCUGUUCGGCGAGGGGCUGAUAAAGGCCCUUUUCGCCACGGAAACGUUCGCCAUGGGCCUGAAUAUGCCUGCCAGGACGGUGUUGUUCGCCGGGAUGAGAAAGUUCGAUGGCAGCGAAUAUCGUUAUAUUACAUCUGGGGAAUAUAUCCAAAUGUCAGGAAGAGCCGGCAGGAGAGGAUUGGACGACAAAGGUAUCGUCAUUUUGAUGGUCGACGAAAAAGUUCCCCCCGCCGCUGGCCGGGACAUCGUUAAAGGUUUGCCGGAUCCUAUAAAUUCCGCGUUCCACCUCACCUACAACAUGGUGCUCAACCUAUUGAGAGUGGAAGAGAUCAAUCCGGAAUACAUGCUGGAAAGAUCGUUCUACCAAUUCCAGAAUCAAACUGCGAUUCCUGGAUUUUACGAGGAUUAUCAGAAAAAGUUGAAUGAAUACAAUGAACUUGAAGUUAAAUCUGAGGAUAUGAUAGCUUCAUACUAUGGUAUAAGACAGGAAUUGGAUUAUCUAGGCACUCAAUUCAGAAUUUUCCUUACGAAAUCCGAGUACUUGAUACCCUUCUUGCAACCCGGAAGAUUAUUGAAAAUAAAAACUCCCGAUGCUGAAUACGAUUGGGGCGCGGUUGUUAAUUUCAAAAAAGUCAGCGAAAUUAUACCAGGCCGUAAAAAUAAACAAGGCCAAUCUAAAACGCAGACGAAAGUCAAAAUUGAUCUUUUAUUGCUCGUUAUUGCUGAUAGCGAUGACGGAGGAGCCAUACCAAAGCCAUGUUUUGAUAAUCAGAAAGGAGAAGUAGAAGUUGUUAGUGUUGACUCUACUUUCGUCACACACAUUUCCUCUGUCAGAUUAUUCUGUCCGACUGACUUGAGGACGAAAGACAGCAGAAAAGGCAUGUACAAAGCCAUCAAAGAAGUGAAAAAACGUUUCGAAGAAGGCCCACCUUUGCUAAAUCCCGUCAACGAUAUGAAAAUAAAAGACCCAGAGUUCUUAGAUAUUGUGGAUAAAAUUGAGAAAUUAGAGAAGAAAAUGUACGAUCAUAGCAUGCACAAAAACCCGAUUUUGGAAAGCGAAUAUCCCAUUUACGAGAAGAAGGUCGUGGCGAAAGAGGAACUGAAAGUUGCCAAACAGAAAUUGUUGGGAGCCAAAUCGGUUUUGCAGUUGGACGAGUUGAAAUGCAGGAAGAGAGUGUUGAGGAGAUUGGGGUAUUGUACCAAUACCGAUGUCAUUCAGUUGAAGGGGAGAGUAGCUUGCGAAUUGAGCAGCGCAGAUGAACUGUUGAUAACCGAAAUGAUUUUCAAUGGCGUUUUUGGUACCUUGGCGCCUGCCCAUUCUUGCGCGCUUCUCAGUUGUUUCGUGUGCGAUGAAAAAAGUUCGGAAAAUCCGAAGUUAUCUGAAGAGUUGUCAGGUCCAUUGAGACAAAUGCAGGAUUUGGCGAGGCGGAUAGCCAAAGUGAGCAACGAAGCGCGACUGCCUAUCGAGGAAGAUUCCUACGUCGAAAAGUUCAAGCCCUUCCUCAUGGACGUGGUUUUCUCCUGGUGCAACGGUAGCUCCUUCCAGGACCUUUGCGCCAUGACAGACAUUUUCGAGGGGUCGAUAGUGAGGUGUAUGCGGCGACUGGAAGAGUUAUUGAGGCAGAUGGUGCAAGCCUCGAAGACGAUCGGCAACACGGAUCUGGAGGACAAGUUCAAUGCCGCCAUCAAGUUGAUCAAGAGAGAUAUCGUGUUUUCGUCGAGUCUUUAUUUGUAA